UCCACCUACAGCACUGUUACUUCAGACUGGGCCCCUCCGAAGGAACACAUGCAACCAAACUUUUCCUCCUCGCCGAGAGCUUCUCCGAGCAAUCAGCUGAGAGCUGCAAAGACACACACACCAGAAGGAGCAAGACAAAUCGAUUAAUCGGAAGCUUUUCCUUUUUUUUUAAAAAAAAAAAAAUGUGAACCUGAAGACUUCAACUGAAGUUUUUUUUUCUUGUCUUUUUGAUGGGAGAUUAUGAGCGCACGUUGGAAUAAUGGCGUAUUCGUUCCUCUGUCACGUUUAAUCAAUCAAACCCGAUGGAGCCGUUUAAGUUAGCGAGCCCGAUCGAUGGUAGUUAUCGAUAAAUCGCUGUUGAUCACCCCGGGGGAGUGAGAAUUGAUCAGAGCUGACAUGGAUCUCCAGGUGAUUGUCUGGCUCUUCUACUGCUUUCUGCUGCCCAUCGUGCUCUUAACAGCUUGUCUUUUUCGCUACAACCUCCUGUCACUGGUUUAUUUCCUCUACCUGCUGCUGCUGCCAUGGUUCCUGUGCCCCAACAAACACACAAUCAGAGGUCACACAGGUCGAUUUAUCAGAGCAGUGUUCUGCACCAGUCUACUGUUCCUACUGGCUCACAUCUGCUUCCAGACGGUUCUAUACACGCAUCCUCCUCUCAGCCUCGCCUUAGGUGAUAACUGUUCACAAUGGGACACCAUAACCAGACAUAUAGGAGUAUCCAGGCUUCCCUUGGACGAUGCCUGGAGUGUGUUACGCCUUCUGUGUCCAGAUCUGGGCGUGUGUGUGGUUUCCUUGGUAACAGUUGUCCUCUGCAGCAAAUUGGUCAGAAACAGAGAAAUGGUAGCUGCUGCCAACAUUACAUCGCUAGAAGAUGAUCCAACACAUAAAACCUCGGAUGAUGUGGAGGAGGAGGAAGAGGAGGAGGAGGAGGAGGAGGAGGAAGAGGCCUCAGGAGAUGAGGGUGACGAAGAGAGGUCAUUACCCGGUGACCCCGAUGAGGAGGUUUCCACAGCAACCAGAGCCAAGCAGCUGGCUGAGCGUCUGAAGGCCACAGCUCGGAAAGUUCUGCGUGACCUGGGGAGAAUCGUAGCCAUCGGCCUGCUGGCUUUGGCAGGCAUCACACUGCCUUCCGCCUUCUCAGCGUUCUACUUCCUGCUUUUCAUCGGCGUGAGCACGUGGUGGGCGUACCACCUUCCCAUUAGUCAUCUGGGUUUCAAUGCGCUGUGUGUGAUGGUGGGCUGCUUCACUGCUGGCCACAUGGUUUGUCUGUACCUGUACCAGAGUCUUCUGGCCCAGGCCCUGUUCCCCCCACACAGCCUGUGGGCCAGGCUCUUUGGUUUGAAGGACAUCAUCAUACCAGGAAACUGCUCCUUGCCCUAUGACCUCAACCUCAAUGCCAAUCAUGAUUGGCCAGUUUAUGUCAACCCGGGAAUUCUCUUCCUCCUCUACAUUACCAUAGCAAGUGUUCUCAAGUCAGGAUGUCACAGUACACCUAACCAGCAGGCUGAGGAGGAGCAGAAGCAGGAGAAAAGGGAGGAGGUGAAACAGGAGAUGGUGGAGUUAAAGUCCUGGAAUCAACAGAAGGAAAACUAUGAAGAUGACACAGAGCUCAUGCUCCUGUCUGUAGGAACAGGAAGCAGCCGAGGAGGAACAGUGGCUGGAGAGAGUCACACAGAUCUGGGUGUUAGCGGCGUCUCCAGUGGCAAACAGAGUGAAAGUCCGUUCUUCAUGCUGGGGAGGGUGGUCAUGCAGCAGAGCUAUGUCUGUGCUCUCAUAGCCAUGAUGGUUUGGAGCAUCACAUACCACAGCUGGCUGACCUUUGUGCUGCUGCUGUGGGCGUGUCUCAUCUGGAUCCUGCGGGCCAGACGGCACGCAGCCACACUGUGCUCUCCGUUCAUCCUGCUCUACGGCCUGGCUCUGUGCUGUCUGCAGUACGUCUGGGCCAUGGAGCUUCAGCCUGAACUGCCCAAAACUGUAGGAACCAUGAGCCUCAGACAGCUGGGACUGGACAGAGCCCAGUACCCCUGUCUAAGACUGGGCGCUAUGCUGCUAUUCACUUUAACUUUCUGGCUGUUGGUACGUCAGUCAGUGAAGGAAAACUUCAGCAGGAAGAAGAAAAUGGCCACACCACUACAGGAAGUCACUACAGGAGAGGGGUCCGGUAAUGAAUCAGUCCUGAAGGUCCUGGGGGGCAUGGUGAUGAGCUGUUAUGCCAAAUACUGGAUCUAUGUGUGUGGAGGGAUGUUCAUCAUGGUCUCCUUUGCUGGAAAACUCGUUGGAUACAAGAUCAUCUACAUGCUGCUGUUCCUGCUCUGCCUCUGUCUCUAUCAGGUGUACUACGCUCUAUGGAGGCGUCUGUUGAAGCUUUUCUGGUGGCUUGUAGUGGCCUACACCAUGCUGGUGCUGAUCUCCAUCUACACUUACCAGUUUGAAGACUUCCCUCGAUACUGGAGAAACUUCACUGGUUUCACAGAAGAACAGUUGGCAGCCAUCGGUCUGGAGACGUUUGCUUUGUCUGAGCUCUUCACCAGUAUUCUGAUCCCAGGCUUCUUCCUGCUGGCCUGUAUUCUGCAGCUGCACUACUUCCACAAACCCUUCAUGAGAAUCACUAACCUGGAGCAUGUUACACCAAUACACAAACAAUCUGCCUCCAGGAAGAAGAGCAGUCAGAGGACUGAACAGGUUGUUACUGGUAAUGUCGACUUCGAAGAGGAAGACCUGGUGACGAACACAGAUGAGGAAUCUGAAGAUGAAGUGGAGUUGAUGCCCAGUAAGUGGGGCCUGGUGAUGGACAGGUUGCUGGUUCUCUCCAGAAGAUUCUCUGACAUUCUGACCAAAGUUCAGGUGUUUCUCUGGAGGCUCCUGGAGCUCCACAUCCUCAAGAUGGUGGCGUUCUUCUCUGUGUGGGUGGCGCUUGAAGAGCCGUCUGUGAUGAACCUGGUCCUGGUGGUUUUGUGGUCUCUGGCGAUGCCCUACAGUCGCUUCAGGCCCAUGGCUUCCUGUCUGUCUACAGUGUGGGUGUGCGUCAUCAUCGUGUGCAAGAUGCUGUACCAGCUCAGCGUUGUCAACCCUGUUGAGUACUCCAGGAACUGCAGCCUGCCUUUAACGAAUAAAACCAACCUGUUACCAGAGGAGAUGAUGAACUCCUCUCUGUAUAAGGAGCCAGUGGAUCCAGCCAACUGGUUUGGCAUCAGGAAAGAUGCCACUGUGCUAGGAUACAGCAAGAACCACCUGAUAGUGCUGAUGCUGUUGGUGUUUGAGGCGACGGUGUAUCGUCACCAGGCUCACCACUACCGUCAGCUCCAACGAUCUCCGCCCACCAUCCCCUCUCUCUUCCCUUCCGCCACCAGGAGGACUCUAGACAAAGGUCUCGUUCCCUGCUUCAAGUACCUGCUGAACUACACCUUCUACAAGUUUGGAUUGGAGAUCUGUUUCCUGAUGACGGUGAAUGUGAUUGGCCAGCGGAUGAACUUCCUGGUGAUCAUCCAUGGCUGUUGGCUGGUAGCCAUCUUGGUGAAGCGGCGGCGGGCAGCGAUCGCCAGGAUCUGGCCCAAAUAUUGUCUCUUCCUGUCCAUCUUCAUGAUCUACCAGUAUCUCCUGUGUGUGGGCAUACCACCUGCUCUCUGUAUAGACUACCCAUGGCGGUGGAACACUCCGGUGUUGAUGAACUCAGCUCUCAUUAAAUGGAUCUAUCUGCCCGACUUCUACACUGUGCCUAACUCCAAAAACCUCAUAGCGGACUUCAUGCUGCUGAUGUGUGCGUCCCAGCAGUGGAAGGUGUUUGAGUGUGAGCACACGGAGGAGUGGAUGGUUCUGGCCGGAGAGAACACGGACGACCCUGAACCGAUGGAAGGUCAGCUGUUCAACCCUGCGCCCAACUUCAUCAACUGCAGGAGUUACCUGGACAUGGCUAAAGUGUUGGUGUUUCGUCACCUCUUCUGGUUUGUGCUGUCAGUGGUCUUCAUCACUGGGGCCACCAGGAUCUCUGUGUUUGGACUGGGCUACCUGCUGGCCUGCUUCUUUUUUCUGCUGUUUGGAACCCGGCUGUUGGUCAAACCCUCCAGGACCCGGCUCGUCCUGUGGGACUGUCUCAUCAUCUACAACGUGGCCGUCAUUAUAUCGAAAAAUAUGUUAUCGAUCCUGGCGUGUGUGUUUGUGUUUGAGAUGCAGAAGGGCUUCUGCUGGGUGAUUCAGCUCUUCAGCCUGGUGUGCACAGUCAAAGGAUAUUAUGACCCCAAAGCGGUGAGUGACAGGACCUGCAGCCUCCCCGUAGAGGAGGCCGGGAUCAUCUGGGACGGCAUCUGUUUUCUCUGCCUGUUGCUGCAGAGGAGGGUCUUCCUCAGUUUCUACUUCCUGCACGUGACAGCAGAGCUGCAGGCUUCUGCCAAACAGGCAUCAAGGGGGUUUGAGCUCUUCAGAGCCAGCAUCGUGAAGAACAUUAGGUUCCACCAACAAGCUGAGCAGAAGUCUCUGUCCCAGCUCAAGAGAUCGAUGCAGAGAAUUCGCUCCAAGCAGCAGAAGUACAGAGACGGACACAAAACAAGUGAAGACUCCUCCGAGAGUCAGACUGCUGAGACCCAGACAGACAAGAAGAAAUCCAGGAAGAAAAAGUGGUACCAGCCGUGGUUGGACCACGCUACAGUGCUCCACUCAGGUGAGUACUACCUGUUUGAAUCAGACAGUGAGGAUGAAGAGGAGCUGCAGUCUGAAGAACAGAAGCCUCAGAAACAAACCGCCUGUCAGCUGGCGUACCAGGCGUGGGUCAGCAGUGUGAAAACAGCUCUCAGAGAACGCCAGAGACGCCAGCGACAGUUGAGGAGGAUGGAGAAAAAAAAGAAGGAGGGAGAAGGAAAAGUGGAGUCGCAGCAGGAGGCUGUCUCCAUGACGGAUCCAGGUUAUAGAGAAAAUGAUGUGUUUGAGGACCCUGUCAUUCAGGAGGAAGUGGAGGAGGAGGAGAAGGAGCAGGAGUCUGGUCACGGUGAGAUGGUCCAGAGGAUCUUGGACAUCCUGCGUUUCUUAUGGGCCAUAGUUUUGGCCAUGGUGGACGGACUGACCCAGUGGCUCAACCUGCUGACUAAACAGUACAGAGAGACGUCGACUGUUCUGUGCAACGAGCGCUACUUCAUCAUACACAAGAUACAGCAGCAGCAUCACACAACAGCAGACUCCACAGACGACCAGUUGUCUCAGGGCAGUGAAAGUCCCACGCUGGAGACCUGUUUAGAUGAGACGGAUGCAGAAACGUCCACCAGGUACAGCUGCCUGGAGGUGGAUUCCAGGGCUGGUACAGGCCGGUCUACACCCAGGCCGAGGCUCAACAGCACUGGGAACCUCUUGAGUCCCGAACCCCCAUCCAGCAGCAUGGAGCUGUUGCCGGAACCAUCCAGGCAACCACACAGACACUCCAGAACAGCCAGUGAGCUGCUGGGAGACAGGCAGUUCUUCAUUGAGGAGCUGGAGCACAGCAGAGAGUUCUACGACAACCAGAACCGUCCCCUGAAGCUGCUGUUUGCCAUGUACAACCUGCUGGCAGCAAACUCUGAGCUCGUCUGCUAUUUCAUCAUAGUGUUAAACAAUGUGGUCAGCGCCUCUGUGAUAUCCCUGGUCCUGCCCAUACUGGUGUUCCUCUGGGCUAUGUUGGCUGUUCCAAGACCUACCAAGAAGUUCUGGAUGACUGCUAUAGUCUACACGGAGGUGAUGGUGGUGGUGAAAUACCUGUUCCAGUUUGGAUUCUUUCCCUGGAACAGCGUUUACGAGAUGACGCUAAAUGAAGACAAGCCUUUCUUCCCGCCUCGCAUCCUGGGCCUGGAGAAGACUGACAACUACAUCAGAUACGAUCUGCUCCAGCUGCUGGCUCUGUUCUUCCACAGAUCCCUGCUCAUGCGUUAUGGUUUGUGGGACCAUGAGGGCCCCCUGGAGGAGCAGAGCCCCACACCAGAAAGUUGUAAGGAUGAAGGAAAAACUACAGAAGGAGAUGAAGAUGGAAGGAGGCAGGAGGAGGGAGGAGGAGGAGGAGGAGGAGGAGAAGAGAAGGAGGGCAGAGUUAGUUCAGCAUCCACCCUCGACAACCUGCGAGUGAUUGAACUGGAUCAGCUUGAGAAGGAUAACGUGGACCAUGUUGAACCGAGUGCCAGCUCUGCUGCUGCUACCCCACAACCCCCCGCAGCUGAACCAGCAGCCACUGGGUCAGAAGAUGGACAGGACACGUUGAAUUCUCCCAGCAGGCCGAUGGAAGAUAAGACGGAGGGGGACAGUGAGCGGGUGAUAGAAGAAGCCCCGAAGAAAAGCAGCAGCAUCCGCUUCCGCAGGAAACCUAAACAACCCAAACAGAAGCGCGGCAAAGGUGUACCGGUUCCAGUGGAGCCCACAGAUGAGGCUACAGAUCCCAGUAAAGAACCAGUGAAGAAGAAGCAGAAAGGCAGGAGGAGAGAGGCAGCCAGUCAGAGACUGCUGGCCGUGGGACGCAAGAUAAAACAUGUCUUCAUCUCUGGGAUUCAGAGUGUUUACAGGCCGACUCAGGGUUUCUUCAGGGAUAUUCUCCACGCUGAGUAUCGGGCUGCCACCGACGUCUACGCACUCAUGUUCCUGACUGAUGUCAUCGACUUCAUCAUCGUCAUCUUUGGGUUUUGGGCUUUUGGGAAACACAGCGCAGCAGCUGACAUAGCCUCCACCCUGUCAGAGGACCAGGUUCCCGAGGCCUUCCUGGUGAUGCUGCUCAUCCAGUUCAGCACCAUGAUCAUUGACAGAGCCUUGUACCUGCGGAAGGCUGUUUUGGGAAAACUCAUCUUCCAGGUGAUCCUUGUGUUUGGGAUCCACCUGUGGAUGUUCUUCAUCCUGCCUGCAGUCACUGAAAGGAAGUUCAAUCAGAACUUUGUGGCCCAGCUCUGGUACUUUGUCAAGUGCAUUUACUUUGGCCUGUCAGCCUAUCAGAUCCGCUGCGGGUAUCCCACUCGUAUCCUUGGCAACUUCCUCACCAAGAAAUACAACCACCUCAACCUGUUUCUCUUCCAAGGGUUUCGUCUGGUGCCGUUCCUGGUGGAGCUGCGAGCGGUGAUGGACUGGGUUUGGACUGACACGACUCUGUCUCUGUCAAACUGGAUGUGCGUGGAGGACAUUUACGCCAACAUCUUCAUCAUUAAAUGCAGCCGCGAGACAGAAAAGAAAUACCCACAGCCUAAAGGGCAGAAGAAGAAGAAGAUAGUGAAAUAUGGCAUGGGUGGACUCAUCAUCUUCUUCUUGAUCUGCAUCAUCUGGUUCCCCCUGCUCUUCAUUUCACUGGUCCGAUCAGUGGUGGGGGUGGUCAACCACCCCAUAGAUGUCACAGUGACUGUCAAGCUGGGAGGGUAUGAGCCCUUGUUUACCAUGAGUGUACAGCAGCAGUCCAUUCAGCCCUUCACACAGGAUGAAUAUGAGGACCUCACCAAAACGUUUGGAGACAAUGCGGUAGCCAUGCAGUUCAUCACUCUCUACAGCUACGACGACAUCGUGACAGCCAUGAUUGAAGGUAGUUCGGGAUCAGUGUGGAGGAUCAGCCCCCCCAGCAGAAACGAAGUUAUUAGAGAACUACUUGAAAGUCCUGUUGACCUAACACUACGUCUGGCCUGGACUUUCCAGAGGGACCUGGGUAAAGGAGGGACAGUGGAACACACCUUUGACAAAUACUCUUUAGACCUGGAACCUGGGAGCCCAGUCAGAGCAGAUCUGGCCUUACUACUGCUUGGCAAUCGCACUGAACCUGUGCUUGUUCCUCAUAUCUUCCCUAACUACAUCCGUGCCCCCAAUGGAGCUGAGGCCAAACCAGUCAGUCAACUUUAUAAAGAUGAUGAACAGGGUUACCUGAAUAUAACCCUGUCCCUAGAGAGUGACCGGUCACGGAACGACAGUAGAAACCAGGAGUGGUGGGACAUUGCCAUCGCAGGCUGUACCUCCUCUUCAUGUGGGGUUCUACCCAUGGUCAUAUUCAACGACAAAGUCAGUCCACCCAGCCUGGGCUUCCUGGCUGGAUAUGGGAUCAUGGGUCUGUAUGUGUCUGUGGUCUUAGUCAUUGGGAAGUUUGUGCGUGGCUUCUUCAGCGAGAUCUCACACUCCAUCAUGUUUGAGGAGCUGCCCUGUGUGGACCGCAUCCUCAAGCUCUGCACGGACAUCUUCCUGGUGCGUGAGACAGGAGAGCUGGAGCUGGAAGAGGAACUUUACUCCAAACUGAUCUUCCUCUAUCGCUCUCCAGAGACUAUGAUCAAAUGGACCAGGGACAUCCACAACCAAGACCAAGACAGACACUGACUGACUGACUGAUUAUGUUUGGCUGUAAUAGAAUACAGUGAUAUCUGAAGCACAAUGCAAAGAUGUCCAGGGGGACAGCUCCCAGAAAGCUUCAGGAGAUCACUCCUUACCA